AUGAAGAUGGUGACAGAUGGUUAUGAUCAACGCUCCGAUGAGGAUUCCAGAAGUGAGAAAAGAUGUCUUGAUCUUCUAGCGUUGCUUGGCUCUUACCUCGAGGAAGAAACAAGAAGUGCAGUACAAGUAAAAGAAGAAGAAGAUGAGAGUGUAUCUACGGAGCUUUCAUUAGGCAUAGGAACGACUGAUGAAUGCAAGAAUCAACAAAACCCUACUAAUUACCCUCAAGAUUAUGCUUCUUCUUCUUCUUUUUCUUGGAGUUUGUCCUCCGUCGAGUCCAAUAGACAUCGUAUGGUGUCUCAAGAACCCAUCAGAGCAGAGCCUAUUAGGGAAGUUAAGCCUAUUAAGACCAGAACUAAACGGCCGGUCAAAGGAGAGAGAGGGCCGACGCCGGAAUGGCUGGUUAAUCUGAUGAGAACACUAAACGGAGUGGACGCAAAGCUGGUGAUUGAUAAGAUGAUUCAGCCGACAGAUGUCAACGCAAACCAAGGACGUCUCUUGAUUCCCUUUAACCAGAUAGUGGAGGAAGACUUUUUGAACGAGGCAGAGUUGAACCUCAUAGAUGAGCAUCAAAGAGAUCAUAGUCAAAAAGGUGUUGGUGUGAUCGUGGUUGCAUCUGAUGGUAGAAGAUGGAAUGCUAACGUAAGGAGAUGGAAUAUGAACUGUCCUAAUUACUCCUUAUGUUCUGGAUGGAACAACGUCGUCCGCGAGAACAAUCUCCAGAACAAGGUAGGGCAGGUUCUUCGACUAUGGUCAUUCCACUCAUCACAAGAUGGGAAGCUAUAUCUAGCCUUCUUUCAUCAGCCUCCUCCAGCUAGAGAGUUAUCUCUAUGUGAAGUGGCAUUCAGGCAACUUCCUAAAUUUCCAACGAGAAAGAGAAAUCCUCGUCUUGUUUGUGUUCCAUCUUCUCCACCAAGAGUUUCCGACCUAAAUAUACCAUUGGUUCCGGAGAUGGCUCCUCUCCAAGCUGUUGUACAAGAGAGGCCUGAUACAGAGACGACGACAACGGUGGACCUGGAGCUCAGGCUGGGGCCGUCUGUGGACCUAAAUAUACCAUUAGCUCCUCCAGUGCGCACGGAGAUGGCUCCUCUAGAAGCUGUGCAAGGGACCUCACUAGAAUCACUCACAGAGAGGACGACGAAGGUGGACCUCGAGCUCAGGCUGUGGUUUAAAUGA